AUGGCAGACCAGGAGCUUACUAGCUGGUGCAUGCUGAACGGUGUCACCUUUAAUGGCAUCGUUGCGGCUUUUGUGUCGGAGGGCUGGCGUGGCAUUGUUGCCACAAGGGACCUUCAGCCCGGUGAGGCGGUGCUGCGGGUUCCGGAGCGCUUGUUGCUCACAACCCGCAGCGCGGCACGGGAUCCCCAACUCGCUGCAGCACUGCAGCGCCACACGGAACGCAGCCGGGGUGUCGCCGCCGCCCCCUCCUGCGGCGGCGGCUGCGGCCUGGGUCCCCAUCAGGUGCUUGCUUGCCACCUGCUGCUGGAGGUGUCCCGGGGUCCGCAGUCCUUCUGGUGGCCGUACUUGAAGCAGCUUCCUCGCAGCUACACCUCCCUAGCCAACUUCUCACCGGAUGACGUGGCGGAGCUGCAGCUGCAAGACGCACUUGACGCGGCGGAGGCAGCGGUGGAGCGGGCGAGGACGGAGUGGCGCCAGGCACUGCAUGUACUGCACGACCUGCCCGCACCAUGUACCUACCCUGGUGCCCCGCCGGCUGCCUCACGCCGUACGGUGACCUCCACAACUACCAACCGCCUAGGGCGCCGUACACACCGCGGCUUGGCGGACCGGCUGCCACGUGCUCUAGCUUGUCUGCAGCCGCCGCAGCCGCACCUGAUGCCGGUGCUGUUGCCGUCGACCCCCCAGUGGCUCCCCCGCUGCCUAGCGCCCCAGGCCCUGAGUGCGGACUCGGCGGCUGUUGGGAAAGGGAAUGAUAACGCCAAAUCGGGUGUAUAUGAUGGCGAUGGUGGUGAUGUUAAUGGCGGGGGUAGUGGUGGUUAUGAUGAUGGUGGCGGUAGUGAUGUUGGUGGCAGUGGUGGCGGGACACUUGCUAACACGGGGGGUAGAGAUGAGGAGGACUGUGAGUACACAAUCGCCGGUGACGGCAUGUGGGACGAGGCCACGCAGCAGUACUGCAUUGUCGUACGGCGUCCGUACCGCGAAGGCGAACAGGUGAUGCUGUGCUACGGUCGGUACACAAACUUGGAGCUGCUGGAGUAUUACGGCUUUGUGCUGGAGGGCAACCUGCAUGAUACGGCCCGGCUGGAUCCGGCCCUGCUGCCAUUGCCCUCAGCUGCGAGGACGGCCGGCGGUGCGCCGCACCUGGCGCCCUCGGACUGUUUCCUGCACGCCAACGGGCAACCCAGCUGGCAGCUGCUGCACUUGUUGCGAUAUUGCGCUGCCUCGCCGGUAGAGCGUCGCAGCGCAGGGCACUUGAUGGCAGCUGGGGAGCGAGUGAGUGAGCAGGGCGACCGCCUGGCUCUGAAGUGGCUUCAUGCCGCAUGUGGCAGCCAACUGGCAGCUCUACCCACUACUGUCGUACAGGACCUGGAGCUGUUGCGGCAGCUGAACGGCACACAGGAACCAGAAGUACGACAACGACAGCAGCAGCAGCAGCAGCAAAAUGAAGUAGUGCCACGCCCACAACAUGAAGCAGUUUGCGAGGCUGUGGCUGCGGCUGUGUCGCCUGUAGCGCUGGGCGCGGGAAUGUCACCCCGAAAGGAAGUGGCACAGGCCACGGAGGAGGGGCCGGGCGCUGCGGAACCCCCGGGAGCCGCCCGGGAUGUCGCUGUUGCUGGCGCCACCAAGGCUGCAGCGGUUCCAAAUUGUACGCCACAAUCCCAUGCGCCCCCGUCACAGCCUGCUGCUGUACCAACAGAAGCAGCAGCCGCGUCCGGAGGAGUGUCAGCGAGGGCGUUAUCCGACGGGCUGACGUGCGCGAGACUGGCGUUACAAUGGCGCAUCCAGCAGAAACAAAUCCUGCUUCGCGCGCUACGAUACGCGGAGGAUGUGCUUGGGCCAGAUGCACAUGCGGCGGCGGCGCGAGGUCGGCCACCCGUUUUGGCGGGGGGCCUGAGCGCCCUAAUCCAGCGCCAGCGUAAGGUCUUGGCCCCUACGCGGCCAAGCUACAAUCAGGAUGACCUUUCACCCGCCUGA